CUAGCCAAUCACAUCCGCCAAUCAAAUUCCUCCAGGCCUAAAAAUGACACGUGCGAGUAUUGCGGCAAAGUCUUCAAAAACUGCAGCAACCUCACAGUCCACCGAAGAUCACACACGGGGGAAAAACCCUACAAAUGCCAGCUAUGCCCCUACGCCUGUGCCCAAUCCAGCAAGUUGACUCGCCACAUGAAGACCCACAAUCGUCAGGGGCGGAAUGGCAGCGGGGCCAAAUUGGCACCCCUUCAUUUGUGUAAGUUCUGCUCGACUCCAUUCUCCGUUCUAGCCACCCUAGAGAAGCAUAUGAAG